GAGUUUCUGUCUCUCAGCAGCCCUCUGCUCCUUGGUGACAUUGCUCUUCACACCCAAGGCAUUGGACACCAUCCUCCGCGCUGCCAACGAACUGGUUUCCGGGCGUGGUCGGUACGGCUGGAUAAAUUCCACGGUGGCUUUGGCCUUCUGUUUGGAUUGCUUAGAGGCAAGGCAGAGUGGGCGGGUCCGCAGCAUGGGAUUUUGAAGACAAAGGGCAUCGGAAGCUGUUGAAGGAAGCAAGGACACAGAUGUAGAAAGCGGUUUUACGAAUAUUCUUGAGCAAAUGAUUGAUCUGCAUGUAAAUUCAUCUCAGCAUCAUGUCAUAGAGUUCAUCACCGGGAAACAUCGGGUUGCACGGGUGAUGAAUACUUAAUGGAGCAGAGAGAAAAUCUGGUCGUGCCGAUGACUACAUGAAUAAUCCAGCCAUUAGGUGCACGAACACGGUCCUGCUAUCAUGGCGAGUGAUUCCACGAGCUGCUUGCUCGCCGUCAUUAUCCUGUCCGUUGUCGGGAGCGGCGUGGCGUCCGCCUGCAAGUGUGUGGAUCCCCCGACGGUGUGCACGGGCAAUUUCGCUCUUCGUGGAAGAAUCACCAACUCCUCUGGAAACCAAACCGAACACGACGACAUCAUCUACACCGUCAAUGUAUCGGAAGUAUUACGCCAUCCUUCAUCUCGCAAUGUUCAAAGUCCAGAAUCUAACUCACUCAUCAUCAUCACGACAGGGAGUCAUUCGUGUGGAUACCCCGAUCUACAGACGGGAGAAAUAUAUUUCAUCGCCGGUGAUUUCCAGGCACCUUCAACCUACACACUAGCGAAAUGUGCUGGAUUGGUCAGCAGUUAUGACUCGCACGGAAAUAUCCCCAAUACAGACAAUGAUAUACAGACUUGUUCGGCUUGCAUGGCCGCAGUUUCUUGCAUCACAUUUAUCAUCUGUCUCUUUUUCUAUGGAUUUUCAACGAUAUACCUCGUCAGUUGAUGUACUCAUCAAAAGUGUGUUUAUAAAAAGUGUCUGAAAUGAAGACUUCGAUGAUAUACUGGGGCGUCGCCAUAAAGCCCAUUCGCCAUCCGGAUUUUUCAACAAGAAAACAAGGCCCCAGCGACGCCCCUUUGUGAUUAUUGUCUUUAAACGUCUCCUUACUUUGUAUUUGUACAUUAUAAUGAGUGAAACAAUUUUAUGUUUUAUGUAUGUUAGAAUGCAUAGUAAAAAACAAUAUAUUCAUAUUUAGCUAUUUAGUGUUAGCAAUUUAGGUUGUGACGUGCUAUACGACGAUAUCAUGCAGCACACUAAACAAUAAACAGACUGUAGGAGGUAGGAAGCAGCCUUGCUGGACGCCAUUCACGCAUCCCAAAUUCUCCAGUAAGGUUAUUGAUUAAACUAGUAAUUAAAACGGGUAUGGUUGAUUAUAAAUAAUUGAUUGUAAAUACAGAGUCAAACGCAUUAUACAGGGAAUGUAAGCGUUGGUCAGUGGCGGAUCCAGGGAGGGGGCACAGCCGGCCCGUGCCCCCUCCCCUUUGAGAGCCAUAAUCAAAAUUUAUAAUAUAAAUAUACCGUUUUACCCGAGUGUGCCCCUUCCCCCCCUUUGAAAGUGAGGACCUUUUUUUUUGCUUGUCAAAUUUUCGUCAGGAAGAUGUGCCCCCCCCUUCAAAAUCCUGGAUCCGCCCCUGGCAUUGGUAAUUUAUACCUAGUCAUUGUUGCAUUGCUCCAAUGGAUUAAAAUCUAUAAAUAAAUGUAUAAAUAAAUUAAUAAACAUGCUAAGAAAUUUUGAACCCUAAAUGAAACUCUUUGGGGGAUUUAAUCUUACACCCUAAGCGAAAAAGAUGCUAAAAUACACCUUUUUAUUAUUUCGCACCAAGAUCGUUUGCCCCUAAAAAGUCAAACCUUUUACCUUUUAAGGUGUAUAUAAUACUUGACAUUAUUACAUGGUUCACCUCUGCAUCCUAGUGGGUGCUUAAUAUAGCUAACUGCACCCUUAAAGGUGCUCAGAUGAGCAUAAUUACAGCUAUUGUGCCAACCCCUAAAGUUCAAAUUUGAACCCCUAUUCUUGAAUAAAUGAAUAAAACGCUAAAAAUCAACGUGGAAGGUAUCUGCGUCUAUAUUGUUUUACUUCGACAGUUGAACGUCCUCAAAGAUAACACACUUUAUUUUAUAACCUGUACUGUUGCGUUUUAUAUUAUAGUGCUUUACCCGUAUUUCAAUUUUUAUAAUGUAAGUAUAGUUCUCUUUUUUCCGAAGGUUCGAACUUGAGGAUCGAUAUAUCGAAGGUCCGUCAGUCCUAAAGUUCGUUGACGUUGAUCUGAAGUUUCGUUAAUCCCAAAAGGAAAUAUUCUACGUUAAUUCGAAAAUGAAAUAAGCUUAAUUAAGUUCAUUAGUCAUUACCAUUGAACAUUACUUUAUGGUCGGAAUGUUAUUGAAACUAGUUGCAUUCAAAAUCAAAGAACUGUCAGAAUAAUGCCACAUUGUGUUUAGAUUAUAAACGAACUCUUUUUCAUUUUCGGACUAACGACCGAAUAUUGGUGUAUGCAUUUUGCAUGUUCCAGAAUAACGAACGAUGUGGAAACUCAAGCUAUACCAAUAAAUCGGGGUGUUUUUCAAUCAAUCCCUAAACGCCAGAAUGCAGUAAAUGCGACUAUAAGACUAUAAAGAGGCGACAGCCCUCGUGAUUUUUUGUUGUGUGUGAAAAUGGGAAGAGAAUAUAAAUAAGAAAAUGGGGGAAGAGAGAGUAAAAGAUGGUAUAUGCUACUUUCAGUCGGGCUAAACUAGUUUGGUCCAAGUUUUCUAUUGUCUUGGUGUAAUAUUGUCAUAAGCUCCAACGACUACUUGCAUACAUGCCUAUUUCGUGAGAUUAGUUUGUUCAUCGGGGGGGGGGGGGGGAGGGGGGCAAUAAGACGCACUUCCAUUGGUUGAUGUACAAAAUACGACCCCCCCCCCCAGAUUUAAUAAUAACCACUCGGGAGAAUUACCACUUAGUCUUUUAGCAUGUUUGGAGUAGUAACCAUUUUUAUUUUUUUUUUAUUUUAGUAUAGAACACGGGUUAGCAAGCCUUUAUUUUAAACCAAAAGGAAAUUAGAUGAAAUGGAAAAUAAGCAAACUAGUUGAUUUAGAUAAAAUUCAGUAAGACCACGUUGACCAAGUCACCGAGAUGAAAUGCAUUUCAAUAAAGAAGAAAUGGCCUGCAGAUGAACUAGAGGUAUACGUCAUUUCCCCCCAUCUGAAUAUAAUAGCAGUGUAAAGUUUCACGACCCAAAAUUUAUUUUUUGUAAUCUUCUGUAUUAUUUUCCAGUCGUAUUUUACUAGAACAGAGUUAUUUCUGACUAGAAUAUACGUCAGAAAUGUGACUAGACAUAGAUAGGCCUGUCAGUUGCACCUAGCUGACUACUGAUCUAGUCAAUUUGACUGAUUUGUUUUAAGACUAUAGCACGUUGUUAGUCACUCCGUAUUAAAUACUUGUGCAGAGUU